AUUUAGUGUAUUCAUUUGAAAAAUUCAAUAAUGAUUUAGUGAAUAAUAGUCGAACGUUCAUUAGUCAACAUGGUUUUGAUCCAAUUUUAAUUCAACUAUUUGAAAACAUUUGUAUUAUUGACGGUUAUGUUCGUUCAAGUAUUCAUCCAUUAAACCAACAAAUAGAACAUUUGAUUCAAAAUCUUCAAUUACAUAAUCAAUCGGAAAUUGAAUUGUAUUCAACAAAUUUAAUUGAAAUUUAUACUAUUUGUCGAUCAGUGAAAACAUUGAUUAAAUUAAAUAAGAAAAAAUUCAAUCAUAUUGAACAAUUUUCAAUAAUUAUUAAUUUAUUCUCUGAAUUUUAUAAAAAUUUAAAGAUUCUAUACAAUAGAUGGUUUGAGAAUAUUGAAAAAAACAACAACACAUCUAAUACAUUAUCAUCUUCAUUAAUUCAUCCAAUUGAAUCGGUAUCAUCCACGUCGACUCAUUCGAAUAUACAAAUUUCAUCUGAAUAUCAUAACAGGAUAAAUGUAGAACGAUUGCAAAUAUCAUCAUCAGAUAUACGUCAGCCGAUAUCAUUUACUCGAACACCAGAGGAGAAUGAAGAAAAAAAAUUUUAUUUAUUUCGACAAAUAUUAACUCGCUUAAAUAAUUUAUUAUGGUCACUUAGUAAACAAAACUUACCAUCCUAUUGUGAAAUGAUUGAAUCAACGAUCUCAGACAUACAACUUCUACGAUCAAAUAUAGAUUUAUACAAUGAUAGAUCAAUACGUAAUGCAAGAAAUCAGAUUUUAUCAAUGAGAUCUGAAUAUAUGGAAAAAUUUAGAUAUAGUUAUUUGAAACAGCAGAAUUAUAAAAUGAAUCGACAAGUUAGAGAAUCAUAUGCAUCUUUGAUGAAAACCAUUAAACAUGUAUUGCGAUCGCUUCAUCGUUAUUCAUUACAAGUGGAUAAAUGUAAUAUAUUCAAAGAAUCAAAUCGGUCGUCAACUAAUUUAUUUGCAAUUGGAUAA